AUGGAGGGGAAUGGAGACGUGAAAGGCGCUUACCUCGACUCGGAUUUUGGGAGUGUUCCCGAAGAGACGCAGAGUACAGACGAAGAAGACGAGAAGCUGGACCACAUCCUCUACCCUCCUUCCUCAGCCUCACUCAGGAAGUCCAGCCACCCUGACCUGAGUCUGCGCUUCAAGCGCCAGCUCAGCGACGAUGGCAAGCACAUGAGAAGACGCAGCCUCGGCGGGGGUCUGACAGGAAAGUACCUUCUUUUCUCGGCCCACGCCCAGCAAUCGUGGCCUCCGCAAUCGUAUCCUGACACGUCUUCCAACCUGAUCCGCAUGAACGCGCUGAACCUCGGCAAGUCGGACCCUUCCCUGACCUCCAGCUCGAAGGAGCUCAGUCUUCCCCGAAGAGGCAGUCUCCUCACGCCUCGAAGCUUGAGCCCCACUCCCACUAGUCCGUGCAGUCCGUGCAGCCCGCUGCAUGCCUUUCACUUCUGGAGCUGCAGGACAAGCAACAGGAAAAGCCUGAUCGGAAGUGGCCAGUCCACAGGUUUACCCAGACCCCAUUCGCCCCUCUCGUCUUUUGCAGGCACGAGUCCACAGGACAGUCCGAGGAACUUUUCCCCGAGCACCUCGGCUCAUUUCUCCUUCGCCCGAAGGAGCGACGGUCGCCGCUGGUCGCUGGCCUCCCUUCCCUCCUCUGGAUAUGGAACCAACACGCCUAGCUCCACCGUCUCUUCGUCCUGUUCAUCACAGGAAAAGCUGCAUCAGCUGCCCUUCCAGCCCACGCCGGACGAGCUGCACUUCCUGUCUAAGCACUUCUGCACCGAGAGCAUCUCCGCCGCCGACGAGUGUCGCCGCGCUACGGCUAUGCGACCGCGCUCGCGCAGCCUCAGCCCUGGGAGGUCUCCAUCCUGUUACGACCACGAAAUUAUCAUGAUGAAUCACGUCUACAAGGAGCGCUUUCCCAAGGCCACCGCUCAGAUGGAGGAGAAAAUCGAGGAGAUAAUCCGCGGCAACUCCCCGGAGAGCGUCCUGCCGUUGGCCGACGGCGUGCUGGGCUUCGCGCGUCACCAGAUCAUCGAGCUGGCGCGCGACUGCUUGGAGAAGAGCCGGCUGGGCCUGGUCACGUCCAGCUACUUCUGCGAGCUCACCGACAAGCUGGAGAGGCUCGUGCAGGAGUCCACCGAGCGUUCUGAGAGCGAGGAGGUCAACUUCAUCCGCGAGCUGGCUAAAAAGAUCCUCAUGGUCAUCGCCCGACCCGCCCGCCUGCUGGAAUGCCUGGAGUUUGACCCGGAGGAAUUCUACCACCUCUUGGAAGCUGCCGAGGGCCACGCCAAGGAGGGCCAAGGCAUUAAGACUGACAUCCCCCGUUACAUCAUCAGUCAACUGGGACUCACCCGAGAUCCAUUAGAAGAGAUGGCCCAGUUAAGCAACAGUGACAGCGGAAUUGCACAAACUCCCGAAACCGACGACUGCUCUCAGAGCCUGAGCGGCGCCUUGAGAUCCAGACGCAAACCGUGCGAGUUGGACUUCGAGUUGACCAAACUUAUCAGCAACGGCGCCUACGGAGCCGUGUACUUGGUGCGGCACAAGGAGAGCAAGCAGCGUUUCGCUAUGAAGAAGAUCAACAAGCAGAAUCUGAUGCUGAGGAACCAGAUCCAGCAAGCCUUUGUGGAGAGGGACAUCCUCACCUUCGCGGAGAACCCCUUUGUGGUUUCCAUGUAUUGCUCCUUCGAGACCAGACGACACCUCUGCAUGGUCAUGGAAUAUGUGGAAGGAGGAGACUGCGCCACCCUACUGAAAAACAUGGGCCCUCUGCCAGUGGACAUGGCCCGGAUGUACUUUGCCGAGACCGUGCUGGCACUGGAGUACCUGCACAACUAUGGCAUUGUGCACCGGGACCUCAAACCAGACAAUUUGCUGGUGACAUCCAUGGGUCACAUCAAGCUCACGGACUUCGGCCUGUCCAAAGUGGGCUUGAUGAACAUGACCACCAACCUGUACGAAGGCCACAUCGAGAAGGACGCCCGCGAGUUCUCCGACAAGCAGGUGUGCGGAACGCCGGAGUACAUCGCUCCCGAGGUAAUCCUGAGGCAAGGCUAUGGCAAGCCGGUGGACUGGUGGGCCAUGGGCAUCAUCCUCUACGAGUUCUUGGUGGGCUGCGUGCCCUUCUUCGGGGACACGCCCGAAGAGCUCUUUGGGCAAGUCAUCAGUGACGAGAUCAACUGGCCGGAUGGAGAAGAAGCUCCGCCUACCGACGCACAGGAGCUCAUUGCCGUUCUGCUCAGGCAGAAUCCUCUGGAGCGAAUGGGCGCAGGUGGCGCCGCUGAGGUGAAGCAGCAUCCCUUUUUCCACCACCUGGACUGGAACGGCCUCCUCCGGCAGAAGGCAGAGUUCAUCCCUCAGCUGGAAUCGGAAGACGACACCAGCUACUUUGACACUCGCUCAGAGCGCUACCACCACCUGGAGACUGAGGAGGAUGACACCAACGACGAGGACUUCAACGUGGAGAUGCGUCAAUUCUCCUCCUGUUCUCACCGCUUCUCCAAGGUGUACAGCAGUCUGGACCUUUCUCGCGGCCACGUUGAGGAGAAAGAAGACACGGGAGAGGACAAGAAAAGCCAAAGCCCGUCCACGCUCGACUCGCUAAACUGGACGCCUGACUUCACCGACACGCCGUCCGUGGACGUCGAACCGCUCCGGCAGAAUCCGGUAACCGCUACCUUACCCAAGUUUGCCAUCUCGACCUCGGAGAGCGAAGAAGUGGACGAGUCGUCGGGAACGGGAGACCCCAACAAGACCUCCUUCUCGGUGGUUGAGCUGCCGCGGGAUGAGAACGACGCCACCACACCCGGCAGCACCCGUAGCGGGGCUACGCUCUCCGGAAGUUUUUCCGAGCAUUUGGACCAGUUGAAUUCCCGAGGCGAUGACGUGCAGAGCCCAGACGGACAACAGGUGGUAACGACGGCUGUCCCGAGACUCGGCAGCAGCAGCUGCGGCGGGGACGACAAGCCACGAGCACCCGUUAAAGCCACCAAGUCCGUUUCCACCGGCGCCCUCUCCCUCAUGAUCCCCGCAGACAUGUUUGGUGCAUCCCCGCUGGCGAGCCCGCUGUCACCUUACUCGCUGUCGUCAGAGCCCUCCUCCUCCCGAGACUCCUCCCCAAGCCGAGACUCGCCGUCCUACUCCUCGCCGCUGGCGCGGCAGCCGGUGGUCAUCCACGGCAGCGGCAAGAAGUUCGGCUUCACGCUGCGGGCCAUCCGUGUCUACGCCUGUGACGGCGACGUCUACACAGUCUACCACAUGGUCUGGAAUGUAGAGGACGGCGGCCCCGCACAGAAAGCUGGACUCAAAGCCGGCGAUCUCAUCACGCACGUCAACGGGGAGGCCGUCCAUGGCCUGGUCCACACUGAAGUGGUGGAACUGCUGGUCAAGAGCGGCAGUAAGGUUUCCAUCAGCACCACACCCUUUGAAAACACGUCCAUUAAAAGAGGCCCGGCCAGAAAGAACAGCUACAGGAGCAAAAUGGUGCGCUGCGCCAAGAAGGCCAAGAAGGAAAAGACUCCAGAGAGACGCCGUUCCCUUUUCCGACGUUUCGCCAUGCAGCCGUCUCCCCUGCUGCACACCAGUCGCAGCUUCACGUCGCUGAGCCAUUCGCUGUCGUCUGGAGAGAGUCUUCCCGGCUCACCCACGCACAGCGUUUCGCCUCGCUCGCCCACCGCAGCCUUCCACCCGCCACCCGACUUCACCCUCUCAGGUGGCAACUCUUCACAAAGCAGCUCGCCCAGCUCCAGCGCACCAAACUCCCCUGCAGGCUCCACCCAGAUCCGGCCCAGCACCCUGCACGGCCUGGGCCCCAAGCUGCCGUGCCAGCGGCUUCGUCAGGGCCGUCGUAAGUCCGCCGGGAGCAUUCCGCUCUCCCCUUUGGCCCGGACGCCCUCCCCCACGCCGCAGCCUACUUCCCCUCAGCGCUCACCUUCCCCUCUUCUCGGCGGACACUCGGUGACCAUUUCCAAAAGCGCGCAGGCCUUCCCAAGCAAAAUCCACUCCCCGCCCACCAUCAUCCGUCACAUGGUGCGGCCCAAAAGCGCCGAGCCGCCGCGUUCCCCGCUCCUGAAACGAGUGCAGUCCGAAGAGACGCUGUCGCCCUCCUACGCCGCCGACAAGAAGCACCUGUGCGCUCGAAAGCAAAGCCUGGAGGUGACUCAGGAGGAGGCGCAGGAUCAAGAAGACGGGGACGUCGGCGCUCCGGCGGGGGACGUUCCCCGCGUUCGGCCUGUCGAACAAGGCUGCCUGAAGAGGCCGGCGUGCCGCAGGGAGCGUCAGGAAUCUCUGGAGGAGCCGGAAAGGCGUGAAUCCGAUCCGUCAGCCGGUAACGACUUCUUACCCCGGACUCAAAGCAAAUCCGAAACGACGGGCGUGGCCCUCAAAGAUGUCCUGUACAAAAAACUGGGUCGCGUGUCGGACGCUGUUAGCGAUUUGGCCGCUAGCGACGGAGAGCGGUUACUCCACUCCAAACUGGAGAGGUCGGAGCUUAAAGCGGACUUCACAAGGAAGCGGCUGUCCUUCGAAGAGCGGGAAGACUUUGUUUGUCGGCUCUCCCCGGCCAAGCACGAUAACCUUCAUUUCGGCGCCACCCGCUCCAAAAGCCUCCAGCUAGAUGAGCACAUGAAGUCCGGACUGGAAAGUUCCGCGGCCCCGAAGAUGUUCUCCGGCCGGGGGGAGAGCGCCGUGGAGAAGCUGCAGCUCAUUUCCUUAGGCGAGUGUCCUCUGCGGAAGACGUCCUCGGACUACAAACUGGAAGUACGCCACGUGUCUCCUCUCAAGCCUCUGGAGGGCACCCUUGACAUCGGCUUACUGUCGGGACCCCGAGUCUCCAAAACGGACACCUGCUUAUCCAAAAUGGCAGAGAACAAAUUUUCAAGCCCCCCUCUUUGGCUCCAGAAUGCCGCGGAACGACAGCUGAAAACUCCGGACAAACCCAAAAGCCCUCUAGCGUGCCACCCGAGUCCGGACCCCGUCGCCUCCCUGAAUGUAUUCCCCAAGGAACACUUGCUCGCUGAGAAAACCAAAAGCAGACACGACGCCGACGUCUCCAAGCAAGAAGGUCGAACCUGCGUGAAGGUGACCGCAUCCCGUCAUUUCUCUUACGGGAAGACGCCCUCCAUCCGGGAGGUCAGCAAUGAAGACCAGGACGAAGAAGCGGAGCAGCCAAAAGUUGACGCCGAAAUUUUCCCGGCACCAUCUUACGCCCGUUCUGCAGGAAGUUUGGAUCUGGACAAAGAGGGUAUUAGUCAGGGACUCUGUGUUUCACCUGAGUCAAACAAAACCACCGACUGCUCCGCCUCUAAGCAGGUCCUGGGCGGCUCUCAAACUGCAUCAGUGUUAAACUCUGCCGACGCCAAGAAAGAUCAACCGGCGUCGGACCACCUGAAGACUAAAGGAACUUUAGAAAACUCGCUAAAAGCGGCAGAACUCGGCCCCUCGAAGAAGCUUGAAAACACUUUAGCGCUUAAGUUCAGCCCCGAGCGCACUCGAAUCCCCGAUCCCCAAUUGCGAGAAGCGCCAUCCACCACUCACGUAGCCAUCGACUCCAAAUGCGGAAACCCCGCGUUUCCCUCAGCUGAGGUAUUGACGCAACAAAAAUGUCCUGUAGCGCUCGUCAAGGAAAGCACAGACUCAAAAUCUAAACUAAAGCCGUCCUUGGCGCCACCCAAGCAUAAAGACCCUUCGCCCAAAAAGCAGCCAGUUAAGGAACACCACGAUCCCAAGUCAAAAAGCGCCAACCAGGCCGGAACGAAGGCGAGCGGCAGCUGCGACUCCUCGGAACCCCCCGAUAAAUCUCUUCCCUGUGAUAAGACGCCGCCCCCCGAAAAGGGCGCCAAGAAAAAACCCACCCGCCGAGAAGCACCUAGCGAGACUCGCGCGCGGGCCAAGACUGACUCUAAGCGGCGCGUGUGA